CCAACACCCCAUCUCCCAAGGACGACCACUUCUGUCCAACCAGGAUUGCUUUCAUCCGCCGGCAGCCAUGGUCUUUCAAUCAUGAUAGAGGCCUUCGUCCAGGGCAUGCGCCAUGUCUCGAGGAUUGCCGCUUGCGCGCCAGCGCGGACGACAAAAGUCGUCGACAGGCUACCAGCGUCCUUCGACCGAAGCUUCAGAUAUCACGUACCCAGACGGAUAUCAAACCUAACGGCCCCAAAAAACACUGCAGGCCAACUGCCCCAGCCCGUCAAGCUUCCUAUUAGGAUUUGGUCGCCUCGGGUCGAUAUUCCCGCAGGUCAAGGUCCGCAGAUCAGGUCGAGGUCAAGUCUAGCUUGGAUUGGAUCCUUUUCUAUAAAAGAUGGACAGGCAUCAGCACUUGAUUUCUCAGGACUGCAGAAGGGUCUAAAGUACACCAGAGGCAGCCGGCAUAGAGAAUCGCCCUUGAUCCGGUGGCGGGAAUUCCAUACUACACUCUUCGCAAGACAAAAGGCAGAGAAAGAAAGAGAGGGACACACAAAACAAAAAACGGGAGAAGAUGCCUCAAAAUCAGCUUCAGCAAAGGAGAAUGCCUCGCAGGCUGGCUCAGGACAGCAGCAUUCUUACCAAAGUCGUUUCUACGAUAGACUGCAUAUGCCGCAGUUUCACCGUCCCACAAAGGAAGAACUUCUGGCUGCGGCCACGGGUUUCUGGUCUCGCCUCAAGGUACACUUUAAAUGGUUCACAAUCAAAAGCACAAGACCUUUCAAUCUGGAUGAAAUUGUUGGAUUCAUCUCAUGGAUCGCGUUGGGCCAUGUCAUCUGGAUUGUUGUCGGUACUACGACUUUCGUGUCUCUGGCCAUCCUAGCCAUCAACACUGUCUUUGCGCAAGAAACCCUUGCUGGCUGGAUCGGGAAUUAUCUGACAAAAUCAUCCGGUCUUCAAGUCGUUUUCGAGUCCGCCAUUGUCCCCAAAUGGGGUGACGGCGUCAUCACAUUCAAGAACGUCUUCGUCUCCAGAAGACCCGGCCGGGUGCAAUCCCGCGUCACCAAGGGAUCGCCCGAAGCGGCCGCUCAAGCAUCGUCGGCAGAAGACCCCGUGCCUCCAGAAGAGCAGAAUUAUACACAGUUCGACAUCACAAUUGGGGAAGUCAAUGUCACCCUGUCCUUCAGCAAAUGGUGGAACUCUAAAGGCCUGCUGCAAAAUGUGGAAGUUAAACACGUAAGGGGAGUCGUCGACCGGACCCACGUUUUCGCAACCGGUGAAGAGAUUGAUCCAAAGUCGCUUCGGCAUGAGCACAACCCUGGGGAUUUCGAGAUCGAGUCCUUUAAGAUCGAAGAUCUUUUACUGACAAUCCUCCAACCUGAAGGGUUUCGACCGUUCCCCGUCAGUAUCUAUAACGCCGACUUGCCUCGCCUGCGGAAGCAGUGGCUGUUCUACGACUUUCUCUGUGCCAACAGCAUCACGGGUGAAUUCGACAAAUCUCUUUUCACCAUCCAUCCGCGGCAGACACACUCGUAUACCGGCACAAAGCUUAACGAUCCCGAAGAUCCGUCCAACGAACCUUGGAAAAAACAGUCACGCAUUCGCAUUGAUGGCAUAAACAUCGACCAUAUAAACCGUGGGGUGGCUGGGCCCUUGUCUUGGAUUCACGAAGGCAAUGUCGACAUUGUGGCGGACAUUAUGAUCCCCAACGACAGCGAGGAAUCCGUUAUGAAAGUCAUGACUGAUUUUUAUGAACGGAUGGAAGCGACCUUGACAUCGAGGAAACAUCUGGAGCAGCAGCGUUAUGGCGAAAUUUCUCCCGAGGAUGAGCCCAUUGCCUCCGGUGGAGUCGUGCUAACAACUCCAAACUCUCAACCGGUAAGAGAAGAGGACAAGCGCUUCAUAGUGAUGGAUCUCCGCAUUCACUUGAACGACGUGCGCGCCGUCGUCCCCAUUUUCACACGCGAUCUAUCAUAUAUCAACAACGCCCUGAUCCGUCCCAUUGUCGCCUACAUCAAUUCCCGGAGAACGUUCAUUCCGAUCAACUGCCGGGUCGUCAAGCGUCUCUCGGAUUUUGACGGGAGCUGGACUGUCUUUGAUUCCGGGUUGAUGGAUGAUCUGUCGGCGGAAGUGUACGAUGCGUUUGCAAGAGAUGUCACAGACGAGCAGGCACGUUUGAGACGGUUCAAGAAAGUUGGACUAUGGAGUUUGCAGCUUGCUGUACAGGCUAUCUUCCUAGGGAUGGCUGGGAACAUUGCUUGAUCCGACACGACAUUCACGAACAGUUUCCACUCUAUACCACAUGUCUUGAGGUUGCGUGCGUUGUAACAAAAGUGAAUAUUGGGUUUAGACGUUGCUUCGACGUUCGGAGGGUCAACCUAACUCCCUCGAUGGUGUAAGGCGUCAAAAGUGUACAUAUUUUACAUCCCUCUCCGGCACGUUGAGACAUUGCAGUUUUUCGCCUCGAGAUGGCGUACACUGGAACCACUGAGCCGCUCGAUCAUGAAGCAAAAAGUUCCAUUGCAACCAAGUCAUGUCCCUGUUUUGGAGUAUCUAGUGUUCCUGCUCAGCUUGGUCCUUUCUCUCCUUGCGCUGAUAUCCCUAUGAAUAAGGCAAAGUCACUUGAAUCUCACCCUGCGAACCCAUUCGCGGCACCCUGGCUCGAAAUUAUCUCGCGUCCCG